AACCUGCCUUCGGGGAAGUGAACCAGCUCGGGGGGGUGUUCGUCAACGGGAGACCCCUGCCCAAUGCCAUCAGGCUGCGGAUUGUGGAACUGGCGCAACUGGGUAUCAGACCGUGUGACAUCAGCCGUCAGCUCCGCGUUUCCCACGGCUGUGUCAGCAAAAUCCUGGCUCGCUACAACGAAACCGGCUCCAUCCUACCGGGAGCUAUCGGAGGCAGCAAGCCUCGGGUCACCACCCCCACGGUGGUAAAACAUAUCCGGACCUACAAACAAAGGGAUCCGGGCAUCUUCGCCUGGGAGAUCCGGGAUCGCCUGCUGGCCGAUGGCGUGUGUGACAAGUACAAUGUGCCGUCGGUCAGCUCCAUCAGCCGCAUCCUCCGGAACAAAAUCGGGAACCUGUCUCAGCAGAGUCACUACGAGUCCUACAAGCAGCACCAGCCUCCUCCACAGCCCGCUCUGCCCUACAACCACAUCUACUCGUACCCCAGCCCCAUCGCUGCU